UGCCCCAGCGCGCCCUCCCAACCAGGCAACUCCGUCGAGUCGACAUCCCGGAAUCGUCUGACAGGCGUCUCGGGCGGAUCCAAUCGCACGGUCCCCACGUGUUCCUCAGGCUUCCGUCACGAUAGCGGCGAGCGGCAGAAUGGAAGUCGGCGACGGGGGCGGGGUUCAGAUACGCCAGCGGCUGCUGUGCGGCAUCUGUCGGCCGGAUACGGGCUGUGCACGAUCCAUUGUGCUAUUUGAAGAGGGAUUGAAUACUCCUGGGUGGCACACUGAGAGGAUAUCGAGGAUUGCGCGAGGAUGGAGAAACUGAGGUCGCUGCUCGUUGCGAACCGAGGCGAAAUCGCGUGCCGCAUCUGCAAGACCGCGAAGAAACUGAGCAUCCGCACCAUCGCAAUCUAUUCAGAGGCCGAUUCGGCGUCACAGCAUGUUCGCGAGGCCGACGAAGCUGUCCUGCUACCCGGCAGCAAUGCGACGGCCUACACGGAGGAGAACGAGAUCAUCCGCAUAGCGAAGGAGAAGAAAGCAGAUGCGAUCAUCCCUGGCUACGGAUUUCUAUCCGAGAAUGCGCACUUCGCACGUCUGGUGAAAGAGGCGGGGAUUGUCUGGGUCGGGCCAGAGCCUGAAGCUAUCGAAGAGUUUGGUGUCAAGCAUGUUGCGCGAGGACUGGCUGAAAAGGCCAACGUGCCCAUUGUACCAGGGACGAAAGGCCUAGUCGAAGAUGAAGAUGCGGCCGCGAAGGCAGCGGAGGGGAUUGGAUUUCCAGUGAUGCUGAAGGCUACAGGUGGAGGCGGCGGCAUGGGCCUGAUCACCUGCAACAACGCCGACGAGGUACGCGAAGGCUUCCGAACGGUGCAAUCGAGAGGGAAGACGCUAUUCAAGAACCCUGGAGUCUUCAUCGAGGCCUUCUACCCCGCCAGUCACCACAUUGAAGUCCAGGUGUUUGGGAACGGACGGGGUGAAGCGAUCCACUUCGGCGAGCGCGAGUGCUCCAUCCAGCGACGACAUCAAAAGGUCGUCGAAGAAUGCCCAAGCCCGUUCGUGGAAACGCAUCCCGAACUCCGGAAGCAGCUAGGGGAUGCAGCUGUUCGACUCGCUGAGUCGAUUAAUUACGGCUCCGCGGGCACCGUUGAAUACCUCGUGGAUGACAAGUCGGGCGACUUUUUCUUCCUUGAGAUGAACACACGACUGCAAGUCGAGCAUGGGAUCACCGAGCUUUGCUAUGGCAUAGAUCUGGUAGAGCUGAUGCUGAAACAGGCAGACGCUCAACUAGCCGGCAAAGGUGGCUUUGAUGGGGAAAGCUUGAAGAAAAUGCAGCCGACAGAGCCAUCUGGGGUAGCGAUUGAGGCCCGUAUCUACGCUGAAAACCCACUCAAAGACUAUGCUCCAUCACCUGGUUUGCUACAGAAGGUACAGUGGAAGGACGUUCCGGGCAGCCGUAUCGACACCUGGGUGUUCACCGGGUCACGCAUCACUCCAAACUAUGACCCUCUCAUAGCAAAAGCUAUGGUUCACUCCAAAACCCGCGAUGACGCCAUAGCGGGCAUGAAGACCCUUCUCAAUGAAUCCUCCAUAUGCGGUCCACCGACCAAUCUGGAGUUCCUCGCCGAGAUCCUAGACGAUCCAAAGUUCAAGUCUGGAUGUACUCUGACUAGCUUUCUCAAUGACUUCAAAUACGUUCCGCAUGCGAUUGACGUGAUAUCGGCGGGCGCCUACACGCUUAUUCAAGACCUACCCGGACGGCCUUCAGUAGGCAAGGGCAUCCCGCAUUCUGGGCCUAUGGAUCCUCUAGCUUUUCAGAUCGCCAAUAUCCUGGUCGGCAAUCCGCGGGGAAAGGAGGGCUUGGAGAUCACGCUCAGCGGACCUGAACUGCGGUUUGUCGGCCCCGCCAUUGUAGCAUUAUGCGGCGCACCUAUGGAGGCGACAUUAGAUGCCGAGGAGUUCCCUAUGUGGACAAGGGUCAAGAUCGACGCUGGCCAGAAACUCAAGAUUGGAAAGACGACUGGCGGCGGCUGUCGUUCCUACCUCGCAGUUUACGGUGGGUUCCCGGAGGUUGCCGAGUACUUCGGCUCCAAGUCAACUUCCCCGCUUGUUGCGAUCGGAGGCUACCAGGGACGAGCGCUCGCUCCGGGUGACCUCCUCCGGACCGUCGCUGAGCUGCCGAAAGACUUCGAGCCGGUCUCUCUUCCCGAGCGUCUACGGCCGAUUUACACAUCGCACUGGGAAAUAAAGGCCAUGGUCGGCCCACACGACGAGGGCUAUCUCUUACCCGAGGACAUCGAAAUGAUAUAUAGUACAGAAUGGAAAAUCUCACACAACGCCUCGCGCAGCGGUAUCCGCCUCGUCGGGCCUGUACCCAAAUGGGCUCGAAAAGAUGGCGGCGAAGGAGGCGCUCACCCCAGCAAUCUCAUCGAGUACGGAUACCCUGUCGGCACACUGAACUGGACCGGCGAUGAUCCUUGCAUCUUUCCCGUCGACUGCCCGAACUUUGGAGGCUUCGUGAGCAGCACGACGGUGAUACGGGCGGAGUGGUGGAAGUUGGGUCAGUUGAAGGCGGGGAACACGUUGAGGUAUGUGCGCGUGAGUCUGAAGGAUGCGCUGAAGAAGAGAAAGAGGAAUGAUGCUUUUCUGGAUAAGGUAGAGGAGGCGAUAAAGAAAAGGGACGGGUUUGAUGAGAUUGAGAAGUUACAGGCGUGCCAUGUUGACUUCCAUGAGGAUGAUAUCGGGAAGGCGAUUGUGUGGGAGAAGGAGGGGGAUGAGCACAUUCCUUCGGUGAGGUAUCGACAGGGCGGCGACGACCAUCUCCUCGUUGAGUACGGCAAUGAAGCGUUCGACCUCAACCACCGCUGCCGCGUCACAGCGCUCGAAAACGCUCUCAACUCCUCCUCCACGCCCACGAUUAUCAAAGACAACCUCAUGAACACCGUCGGCUGCUGCACAACACUGCUUAUCUACUACGACGGCUCCAAGCUCCCGCGCGAAGAUCUCGUUGCUCACCUACAACACCUGGAAACUCAACUCGGCGAUCUGCGCACCGCCAAGGUACCCACACGCCUCUUCAAGCUCCCAAUCUCCUUCGAAUCAAAACUUCAAACCGAAGCCACAGAGCGCUACAUGACGAACCAGCGACCCCACGCGCCCUACCUGCCAGACAACCUGGCUUUCGUAGCAAAGAACAACGCCUUCACGCCCGAGCAUCUCAAGAAGAUCUACCUAGCCGGCGAGUUCAUGGCCGUAGUCGUCGGCUUUUUCUGCGGCAACACUGUCUCCCUACCAGUCGACCCUCGCCAACGCAUGUCCUGCCCCAAGAUGAACCCCAGUCGCGUCUUCACGCCCGAGGGAACUGUUUCCUGGGGCGGCUCUUGCAUGUCCAUCUACCCCGUCGACUCACCCGGCGGGUACCAAAUGACGGGCCGCACGGUCCCGUGCUGGGACUACUACGGCUAUAAAUCCGGCUUCUCCUCCCAGCGGCCUUGGCUGUUCAAAGACUUCGACAUACUAACGUACUAUCAAGUCGAGGAGCACGAGCUCGAUGACCUUUUAGCCAAGUGGCGAACGGGCACGUACGACUUCGAGUUCGUGGAUAUCGAAUUCGAUAUGGGCGAGCACAACCAACUACUGCAGAAUACAGCGGAGGAAGUUAAGAGCAUUAGGGAACGACAGGCCAAGGCGCAGGAGGAGAUGGUGCGGGCGGAGAAAGAGAGUCUGGAGCGGUGGAGGAGGGAGAAGGCGGAGAGCGGCGUGGAUGAGGGGACGGUGGAGAGGCUGCUGGAGGAGGAGGGCGUUGUUGGCGUGGAGGCUCCCGUCGAUGCUAAUGUGUGGAAGGUGGAGGUUGGGGAGGGGGAAGAGCUGGGCGAGGACACGGUGAUUGUUAUCCUGGAAGCUAUGAAGCUUGAGAUCGCGGUUAAGACGCCGGAUGCCGUUAAGGAAUCUUUGGAGAAUGGGAAGGUUGUACUGGAGAAGAUGUUGGUUAAACCCGGGGAUACGGUGCAGGCGGGUUCGCAUCUGGCCUUGCUGAGGAAAACGUAGGGUUACAUACACUCAACUAGUUACUUCAUCUUUGAACAACUCCCUCCGGC